CAUAUGGAUGUAUGAAUUGCUGUCUCAAAGAUUGAGCUGGGAAUGUAUUUUGCAAUUGCGAAUUUGAAGCACUGCAAUGGACCUAAAAGCCGGUGGACUACUCGUGCCGCCAACUGUUAAGAACUCAAGCUGCUCGCAUCCACGUUACACCAGCCACAAUUUCAUCGUACACAUCGGCAUUGCGGAGACCAUCGAAGCGGUGCUCAUACUCAUACUGACGCUGGGCGUGAUUGGUGCCAAUGCGCUGGUCAUAUUUGUAAUAAACAAUCGUCGCUAUUCGCCAUAUAUACAUCAGCAGCCGCGUUAUCUGCUCACCUCUCUGGCUUUAAAUGACCUCACCAUCGGACUGCUUAUCACACCGUUUGGACUGUUGCCAGCGUUGUUCCACUGUUGGCCGUACGGCGAGAUAUUUUGCCAAAUACAGGCUCUACUCCGCGGUGCGCUAUCACAACAAAGUGCCGUUAUAUUGGUCUGCAUGGCAGUCGAUCGGUAUAUGUGUGCAUUACAUCCGCGAAAAUACUAUCAGCACUCCAGUAAAAAGGGCUGUGUUGCCGUGCUGAGCUUAACAUGGAUCAUCAGUUUGACGGUGUUUGGUUUUCUAGUGCUGCCAAAAGGCUAUUACUUUAACAACACCGGUCUCAUGGCCUGUGAGCCAUUCUACAGUAAGCCAUCAUAUCGUAUACUCUCCACCUGCGCUCUCUACUUCCCCACCACCAUGGUGCUAAUGUACUGUUACGGUUCGAGUUUCCAUUUGAGCCGCUUCCGUUUGAAUGAUCCAACCAUGCCACUAACAGCUGCGGUCCAUCAUCCGCAUCUCGGACAUCCGCCGCAUAUGUACCAGCAAGCGUUGCACGGCCACCAUAUGCAACAUGGCAUGCCUGGUGGGGGUAUGGGUCAUCAUGGAUUGCCGCCGGGCACUACAACGCUACCGAAUACUCCCGUCAUGAACCUCAGCAUGGCAAUGAGCAUGGGUUUGGGCAUGGGCGGCAUGAGUGGUAUGACUGGAAUGGGUGGCAUGGGUGGUGGUGUUGCUGGUGGCAUGCAUUAUGGAGGCGGAGGCGGUGGUGGUGGCGGUGCUACAGCUUCUGUGAUGAGCGGUGGUAAUGGUGGUAGCGGUGCGGGUGGAGGCGCUGGUGCUGGCGCAGGUGGUGGUGGUGGUGGUCCAACGAAUAAUGUGACAAAGAAGAUUGUGCCCAUCCAGGAAAAACACUCUGCCGGCAAUACCUCACGUUCUAUGGCUGCCAUUUCGUUGGGUUUCAUUGUUAUGAUCACACCGUGGACGAUACAGGAGAUUGUCACUGCCUGCACGGGCUCCAAGUUGCCGCCUUUUCUGGAUUUUGUGGUAACUUGGAUUGCCUUAAGCAACAGUUUGUGGAAUCCUUUCAUGUAUUGGCUUCUUAAUUCGGAUUUUCGACGGCUGAGUAAACACUUGAUGCCAAAUAGGUGCUUUCCCACCGAGGACACGCCCGAACACAAAUCACCCUGUUGUCACAUCAAUUCUGAUUUUGAAAUCACAACGCUGCCACUGCCGCCGGAACCGCCUACCGGACGACCACCGAAGGGUGGCAGCGGCGCCGAUGCUGCUGGCGAUAACAACGGCAGCGAAGGUGGCAAUAGCUCGAGUGGUGGAGGCGGCAGCAGUCGAGGUGGCGGCAGUGGCAUACGCGGUGGCUCAGUGCUCGGCAUUUGCGCGCGAGCACGCACAAACAGUCUCAGCCGCAGCGCAUCGCAACAGGCGCGCAAGAAUGCCAACAGCGGUGGCGGCGGCGGUGGCUGUAGUAACAGCAGUCACGGCCACCAUGGGCACAGUCACCAUGGCGGUGGCGGCGGUGGUAUGAGUUUCACCAGCGUGCGCCCUGACAUCGAAGGACUCUCCGAGAAGUACUGGGGUGAAAUACUAGAGCGCACCGUAAGCUCGGGUAGCCUGCAUGCGCUAACGAAAAGCUUUCCGAAUGCGGCCCCGCACCACUACUACCCACACCAUCAGCCAAUGCAGCAGCAAACAUUCCCACCGCCACCGCACGCCACAACAAUGACAACAUCGUUUAGCAAACACAGUGAACUGAAUCUUAACUUGGCGUUGGCCGAGCAGGAACGUCAUGCCGCCGCACUGCACGAUGCAAGUGGCGGCGGCGGUGGCGCUCUCAAUGCCUAUGAGCUCAGUAAAUUCUCCAGCUCAGAGCCAAAACUGUGCGAACAUAUCUAUCACGAUGCCAACUGUGCCAAAAAUAAAUCAACGGCGCUGGGCGGCGGCACCAACGUCAGCGCUGCGGACGAUGUCAAAAUGUUAGCCGGCAGCGCUGCAGUGGCGUCGGCGACCGGACGCAGUAUACCGGAUAUUUAGUACGCGGAGAAUGUUAUAUUAGCCAACAAUCAAAUGGCGCGCAUUUGUGCGCGUGGCGUCAUCUGUGCCGGGACGAUGCCAGGUGCUGGCGCUGGUGGCCCUCGCAGCAACACUUUAACCACAACUCGUGUCGCUUGUCAUAGUCCGCCUGCGCGCAGCAUGUCCGUAUUAGUCGCUAUGCCGAUGGCGGAGUACCGGAAGUAGGCACAUGACAAAGCGUGACAAGGCGACAAGGCAAACGGCAGCAGCGCCGGAAAUGCAGUAAGCCAAAAAUGAAGUACGAACGAAAUGACAUUUUGCGCCAGCUAUGCAGCGGACUACUGCGUAAAAUGGUUGGCCUAAGCAAACUAAGCGCGCGGCUCUAUCGUGGCGAGUGGCCAUGGUGACAGCAAUCUGUGUAUGUAUGUUUGUAGUAUACUAUAGUUAGUAGUGUGGCGCCGCCAAUACUGCUAAGGAAAUUUUCGCAAAUUCUACAUAUAUCUUCAGUCUCUAAGUGUAUGAUGUGUCCUGCGUCAUGUGUCCUGUGUAUAUAUAUGUAUAAGCACUAUAAGUCGUGUGAUAAUACCUACUUUAUGUAACUUAACGGCAUGCUGGUACUUACAGCGCCAGGCAAGCGUUACCAUCGCUUUGCUGAUUUAAUGCUCUCAUACACUAAUGCUCAUUAAUUGUAAAGCGCCUGACAGUUGUGUAAAGAUAAGCCCAAAAUCUGUAAAAAUUAUUGUAUUUGAAAUUAAUUAUUGCCUCAAUAAUGGUAACAUCAGAUCCACAUUAAUUUGCAUUUGAUUAAAGUGGAGAUGAUGUAGAUAUAUUUCGGCAAAAUAUAUUUUAAUCUGAAGUCACGUCCAAUAAUUUAGCACAGAAUCGGGUAUUCAAUCAACACUUUUUGUAGCAUACAUUACUAAGUUAAUAUUGUAUAGCACCUAAAGGUAUGCUACACCUAGUUACGUGAACUGAUAAUGAUGAUAUGACUUGACUUCUUGUUACACAAUUUGAUUGCUUCUAUUAGACAAUUCUCAUUUAACUUAAUCACUGACUAACCAAAUUUUAUAAGAUUAUUGCUAAAUUAAAUAGGUCUAAACUAAGAAAAUGCGUAAUAAUAAAUAUACCCCUAAAAGUAUGUAAAGAAAUGCAGUAGUAAUUAUUUUACCACGUAGUUGAAUUUUAUGUCUAGUACUUGUAGUAGAUCUGUGUAGAUGAUAGUAUAUAACUCGAGUAGGUUAUGUGAUGCUUGCUGCUGUGUUGAUUUAGAGUUCAAUUUUCAAAAAGAAUAUCAUAAAUAUUCCAAAUAAGACGAACUUUUUAAAAUUCUAUCAAAAGCUUCCAAUAAUAAAAAUCAAAUAUACAUUUUCGUCAUAUUUUAACCACAAUUCCUUGUCAACAAAUCGGUUUCGGCUUGCUACUAACAGCAGCGUCAUCUUCAUCACAUUCAUACCACUCUUUGAAUAUAUAACUAUUUGUAAUCACAGCAGCGAGUUUUUAUUUACCCAAUGUGACUCAAAUCUUUGUGAAAAUGUGAAUGUUAACAGUUUUUAGAAAUUCAGGAAAAAUUAUUAAAAAUAAGUGUU